AUGGACGUCGUCAGCAAGAAAGACAUACUAGAGCAGGAAAACUUCACAGCGCAAAGAAUCAUGCUAUUCGCAGUCAAACAGUCUGCAGAAAUGGCACGGAACUACUUCUAUACGUGGCCCGAGGACAAAGAUGGGAACCGUAUGCUAGGUAGCGCACUUUCUUGUGGUAUUUGUGAGGACUUGGAAGAGGAGGAAGUGGUGUUCAUCAAGAGUUGGAUUGAAGAAUUAGAUGCAAUCAGGGAGAAGAGGACUGAGCAACAGGAGAAGGACAAGGAUGAAAAGGAUGAAAAGGAAGACAAAGACGCUAAGUUGGAUGAUUUCGAUGAUGGUCGAGGUGACUUCGUCGUAGUCAAUAGGCGAAGGGCCAGAUCAAAUAGGGGGACCGGAGGCGGUGGUAUUGCGCAAUAG